AUUUAUAAAUCAUUUUUCAUAGGAUUUGCUGAAGUGCCUUUUUCAAGGUCGACAUCAUUGUCUUCAGCAUCAUGAAGUUUUCAAGGGUGCUGCUGAUUGGGGUCCUGGGUUUAGUUCUGGUUUCUGGUGAGAAGAAACGUUAUGAUGGACAUCAAGUGCUUCGGUUCGUUCCGAAGACCCAAGACCACCUCGAGGUUCUGCGAAGCAUCCAGAGCAGGUCCGACCAACGCACUCAGAAGCUGGACUUUUGGGCUGAACCCAGCCACUUGAACUCGCCUGUCGACAUCAUGGUUUCACCAGAACAAAAAGCCUGGCUGCAGAAACACGCUGAUUUCUUCGGUCUCGAACAUCAAGUGAUGAUCGCCGAUGUCCAGGAGCUCGCGGAUUCCAUCAAGGUCGGCGCACCCGGUACGAAAUUGACAUGGGAUGCGUAUUACGACUCCCCUGAGAUUUAUGCAUGGGUCGAUGAAAUCACAGCCCAGUUCCCGGAAAUAAUAACGACUCAGAGCAUCGGAAAGUCGACGGAAGGCAGGGAACUGAUGCUCAUGCGAAUCAACAAGCCAUCCGAUCAACAAAAAGUCACCGUUUUCCUCAACUCCAAUAUCCACGCCAGGGAAUGGAUCACUUCAGCAACUACCACAUGGAUUUUCAAUGAACUGCUCACAAAUGAAGCCUAUGCUGCUGAGUUGGACAAGUUUGACUUCCACUAUGUCCCAGUCCUGAACCCUGAUGGUCUGGCUUACACCCAUAAUGGAGACCGUUUGUGGCGCAAAACGCUUUCAGACCAUGAUUCCUUCUGGGGAUGCUUGGGAGUGGAUGCCAACAGGAACUUUGACAAGUCAUUUGGAGGACCUGGGGCCAGUAGUGACAAGUGUUCAGAGACUUACCACGGACCCAGUGCAUUUUCUGAGCCUGAGACUCAAGCAGUCAGGGAUUACAUUUUGGCCAACAAGGAUGCCAUCAAGAUCUACUUUGAUGUUCAUUCCUAUUCUCAGUUGGUUCUGUUGCCCUAUGGAGACACCAAUCUGAAACCUGAUGAUUAUGCAGACUUGCUUGAAAAAGGUCUGAUCCUGGAGAAUGCCCUUCGUGAACGCCAUGGCACAGAUUACGUCACCGGAACUGUUCCUGAUCUUUUGUAUUUGGCCUCAGGAGGUUCUUUUGACUGGGUCAAGGAGAAGGCAGGUGUGAAAUAUUCCAUGGGUAUCGAACUGAGGGACCAGGGCCAGUAUGGGUUCUUGCUGCCUGCAAGUCAGAUCAUUGCCAGUGGGGAAGAAACCCUGGAUGGGUUCCUGGCCAUAUUCAAUGCAAUCAGGGACGAAAUCCUGGCCGGGCACUGACUUGCUUGCAUUCCAAUGCAUUCAAAUUGUGCUGCAUCCUGAAUGAUAAAACUGUUUUGCAACCCCA